CUGCGCCGGGCGCGCGCCCUCCUGGGGCUGGCCAGGACGCAGGUGGAGGGGCGGGGAGGGCUGGUGGAAGCCUCGGUGAGCGGCGGAGCGGGAGACAGAGGCACCCGGCACUUGACCCAGACCCUUCCUUGCACGCAGGCCAAAAUUAAGGCUCGGGACCUUCGCGGCAAGAAGAAGGAGGAGCUGCUCAAACAGCUGGACGACUUGAAGGUGGAGCUGUCCCAGCUGCCUGUAGCCAAAGUGACAGGCGGCGCAGCUUCCAAGCUUUCUAAGAUCCAAGUUGUUCGCAAGUCUAUCGCCGGUGUUCUUACCUUCAUUAACCAGACUCAGAAAGAGAACCUCAGGAAAUUCUACAAGGGCAAGAAGUACAAGCCCCUGGAUCUGCGGCACAAGAAAACACGCGCCAUGCGCCACCGGCUCAACAAGCAUGAAGAAAACCUCAAGGCCAAGAAGCAGCAGCAGAAGGAGUGGCUAUACCCCCCGCAGAAGUACGCGGUCAAGACCUGA